AUGUCCAGAGAAGAUGACAGGAUACAACAUGCGAAAGAUGUGUUAAAGAACGUGUUACAGGAAUUGGAAUCCGAGCCACAGAGCUCCAACCCGAUAAACAACGUAACAGAGCUACAGCUACUCAGUCUCCGAAUAUCGAUGUCGUUGAUCAACAAAGACAAAGCACAACUGAUGAUUUUAGGUGAGUCAGUGAAAAAGGAAUGGAAUCCAUAA